CCGCGGUUCUGCCGGUCUUUCAACGCGAGUGUCAGAGAGCAGAGGAAGGACGCGCAUCCCCGCGUGAUGCUCCGCUUGAGACCGAAACAUUUCAUUUGAGAGACGUCUCACUGGGACAGACUGUAGCCUUACCUUUUCAAGGCUUGAUAUUGUGUUAUCGUUCAUCUCGAGAGGCUGAAACCUCUCAAGCCGUGCAUCACCUGAGAGGAGAAGAGUGACUGCGCCAACAUGGGGUAUGGGCGGUCAGACAGUUACCGCGUUGCCACCACACAGGACAAAGAUGACCGAUCCCCCAAGAAGAAGAAGGGGGCAGGCGCCAAGGAUAUGGAUGACCUGAAGAAGGAAGUGCCCAUUACGGAACACAAGAUGUCUGUAGAGGAAGUUUGCAGGAAAUACCAGACUGACAUUGUCCAGGGACUGACCAAUGCCAAGGCAGCAGAAUAUCUGAUCAGAGAUGGUCCCAAUGCUCUCACUCCUCCACCCACCACCCCGGAGUGGGUCAAGUUUUGUCGACAGCUGUUCGGUGGAUUCUCCAUCUUGCUGUGGAUCGGCGCCAUCCUCUGUUUCCUGGCCUACGCAAUCCAGGCGGCCACUGAGGACGAUCCUGCAGGAGACAAUUUGUACCUAGGUAUUGUGCUUACAGCUGUUGUCAUCAUUACUGGUUGCUUCUCAUACUUCCAAGAGGCCAAAAGCUCCAAAAUCAUGGAGUCUUUCAAGAACAUGGUGCCUCAGCAAGCAUUGGUGAUCCGUGAGGGUGAGAAGGUACAGAUCAACGCUGAAGAAGUGGUGGCUGGAGAUCUGAUUGAAGUGAAGGGAGGAGACAGGAUCCCAGCUGACAUCAGGGUUGUUUCAGCUCACGGCUGCAAGGUCGACAACUCCUCCUUAACAGGAGAAUCAGAGCCCCAGAAUAGGUCACCUGACUGUACCCAUGACAACCCUUUGGAGACCCGAAACAUUGCUUUCUUCUCCACCAACUGUGUAGAAGGCACAGCACGUGGUAUUGUAAUCUGCACUGGAGACCGCACAGUCAUGGGUCGCAUUGCUACUCUGACAUCUGGACUGGAGACCGGAAAAACUCCCAUUGCUAAGGAGAUUGAGCACUUCAUCCACAUCAUCACAGGUGUGGCUGUCUUCCUUGGAGUGACGUUCUUCAUCCUGGCCAUUAUCUUGGGUUACACCUGGCUGGAGGCUGUCAUCUUCCUUAUCGGCAUCAUUGUGGCUAAUGUGCCUGAGGGACUGCUGGCCACAGUCACUGUGUGUCUGACUCUGACUGCUAAGCGUAUGGCCAAGAAGAACUGCCUGGUGAAGAAUCUGGAGGCUGUGGAAACCCUGGGCUCCACCUCUACUAUCUGCUCUGAUAAGACAGGCACCCUGACCCAGAACAGGAUGACUGUGGCCCACAUGUGGUUCGACAACCAGAUCCAUGAGGCUGACACCACUGAGGACCAGUCUGGUGCUUCAUUUGACAAGAGCUCAGUGACGUGGCUGUCUCUGUCCCGUAUCGCAGCUCUGUGUAACCGUGCUCAGUUCAAAGCAGGACAGGACUCAAUAGCCAUACUGAAGCGUGACGUAGCCGGUGAUGCCUCAGAGUCGGCCCUGUUGAAGUGUAUCGAGCUGUCCUGUGGCUCAGUCAGGUUGAUGAGGGAUAAGAACAAGAAAGUGGCAGAGAUUCCAUUUAACUCCACCAACAAAUACCAGCUUUCAGUUCAUGAAACAGAGGAUCCUAAUGACAACCGCUACCUGUUGGUGAUGAAGGGAGCCCCGGAGAGGAUCCUCGACCGAUGCACCACCAUUUUGCUUCAGGGCAAAGAGCAGCCUAUGGAUGAGGAGAUGAAGGAGGCUUUCCAGAAUGCCUACAUGGAACUGGGAGGACUGGGAGAGAGAGUACUGGGUUUCUGUCACUUGCUGUUGCCAGAGGACCAGUAUCCCAAGGGCUUUGCCUUCGACACCGAUGAUGUCAACUUCCAGACAGACAACCUUUGCUUUGUUGGCCUCAUGUCCAUGAUCGACCCUCCCCGUGCUGCUGUGCCAGACGCUGUUGGCAAAUGCCGGUCUGCUGGUAUCAAGGUCAUUAUGGUCACUGGAGAUCAUCCAAUCACAGCCAAGGCCAUUGCCAAAGGAGUGGGUAUCAUCUCCGAGGGCAACGAGACAGUCGAGGACAUUGCAGCUCGUCUCAACAUACCUGUCAGCCAGGUCAACCCCAGAGAUGCCAAGGCCUGUGUGAUCCAUGGCACAGACCUAAAGGAUCUAUCACAGGAUCAGAUGGAUGACAUUCUGAGGAAUCACACAGAGAUUGUUUUUGCUAGAACAUCUCCACAGCAGAAGCUCAUCAUUGUAGAGGGCUGCCAGAGACAGGGAGCCAUUGUAGCUGUGACAGGUGAUGGUGUGAAUGACUCUCCUGCACUUAAAAAGGCCGACAUUGGUGUUGCCAUGGGAAUCUCGGGCUCUGAUGUGUCCAAACAGGCUGCAGACAUGAUCUUACUGGAUGACAACUUUGCCUCUAUUGUCACUGGGGUGGAAGAAGGUCGUCUGAUCUUUGAUAAUCUGAAGAAGUCUAUCGCCUACACCCUGACCAGCAACAUCCCAGAGAUCACCCCCUUCUUAUUGUUCAUUAUUGUCAACAUUCCUCUGCCACUGGGAACUAUCACUAUCCUUUGUAUCGACCUGGGAACUGACAUGGUUCCUGCCAUCUCUUUGGCUUAUGAAGCAGCUGAGAGCGACAUCAUGAAGCGUCAGCCCAGGAACCCAUUCAGGGACAAGCUGGUGAAUGAGAGGCUUAUCAGCAUUGCCUAUGGACAAAUUGGUAUGAUCCAGGCUCUGGGUGGUUUCUUCGCCUAUUUUGUCAUCAUGGCUGAAAAUGGCUUCCUACCCUCCCGAUUAGUAGGCAUCAGACUCAACUGGGACGACCGAGGCGUAAAUGACUUGGAAGACAGUUAUGGUCAGCAGUGGACGUACGAACAGAGGAAGAUUGUGGAGUUCACAUGCCACACAGCCUUCUUUGUCAGUAUUGUAGUAGUGCAGUGGGCGGAUGUCAUCAUCUGCAAGACCAGACGUAACUCUGUAUUCCAGCAAGGCAUGAAGAAUAAGAUUUUGAUCUUCGGCCUAUUUGAAGAAACCGCCCUGGCUGCCUUCCUGUCCUACUGCCCAGGCAUGGACGUGGCACUCAGGAUGUACCCUUUAAAGCCUACCUGGUGGUUUUGUGCAUUCCCCUAUAGUUUUCUCAUCUUUGUUUAUGAUGAAGUCCGAAAACUUCUCCUCCGCCGAAACCCUGGAGGUUGGGUGGAAAAGGAGACAUAUUAUUGAUCGAAAGAGCAUCUUCGCUCAAACCCCCUACAUCUUCCACUUAUUUCUCCCUUCUGUCACUCCAUCCCUGGCAAGACACAUUUUCAGACGCCCCGCCCCUUUAAAGACAAAAACCGCUUCAAAGCAAUUUUC